AUGGUGCUUGCGGAAGAGGAAAUAUGGAAGCUUUACAGAAUCAGAAAGACGUUGAUGCAGAUGCUGAGGGACCGGGGUUACCUUGUUGGAGACUUUGAAAUCAACAUGUCUAGACAUGAGUUUAAGAACAAGUAUGGCGAAAACAUGAAGAGGGAAGAUCUUGUUAUCAAUAAAGCUAAGAAAGAUAAUUCCUCUGAGCAGAUUUAUGUUUUCUUUCCUGACGAAGCUAAGGUCGGUGUGAAGACCAUGAAGACUUACACCAACCGCAUGAAUUCAGAAAAUGUUUUCCGGGCAAUCUUAGUUGUUCAACAGAAUUUGACAGCCUUUGCCAGGACUUGUGUCAGCGAAAUUUCUUCACGAUUUCACUUGGAGGUUUUUCAGGAGUCAGAACUGCUGGUCAACAUAAUGGAGCAUGUUCUUGUACCUGAACAUCAAGUCCUGACUGAUCAAGAAAAGAAAACUUUGCUUGAGAGAUAUACCGUAAAAGAAACUCAGUUGCCUAGAAUCCAGCUAAAUGAUCCUGUUGCAAGAUAUUAUGGACUCAAGCGUGGACAGGUUGUCAAGAUCAUCCGGCCAAGUGAGACUGCCGGCAGAUAUGUUACUUAUCGAUUCGUUGUAUAA